CGCGGUGCUCGGUCUUCCUAUCACACGUCAGCGACAAUGCCUUUGAAAUUAUUAUGCCUUCACGGCUGGGGGACGAACGUCAAGAUUCUCCGGUCUCAGCUGAGCGGUCUUAUGGCCAAUUUGCGCCACGACCAUACGGCAACAUUCCACUUCCUCGAGGGCGACGUAGACUCGGUCCCGGGCCCCGGCAUCGCAGGCUUCUACGACGGUCCCUACUACAGCUACCACCAAUUUCCUCGACCGGUGAGCAGUCCGGACCCCGAGGGUGCAUCCGUACUAGAUGCAUAUGAUCGGCUAUACGAGACGAUCGACGAGGAAGGGCCUUUUGACGGCGUGUUGGGCUUUUCACAUGGUGGGACACUGGCGGCCAGCUUUCUCAUCCACCAUGCCAAGUUGUACCCCCAAGAAUCACCGUUGUUUCGUUGCGCCAUUUUUAUCAAUGCUUUGGCGCCAUUCCGCAUGGAUCCCGGCACCGAUCCUGUCAUUGACCCGGAUGUCGAAGGGUACAUCAACAUCCCCACUGUCCACAUCGGCGGCGCCCAAGACCCCUGGCUCGAGUACUCACUCGCCCUACAUGGCUUGUGUGAUCCAUCCCGAUCGUCGUGGGUGGUGCACAGCCGUGGGCAUGAUAUUCCGGGGGACAAGAAGAAUUUGUCGGCUAUAGCUAGCGCUGUACGGAAGCUAUCCGUACAGGCCUUGACAAUAUGGUGAUGCACGCGUCGCGUAAUGGGAUAGAUGUUCGAUUAUCUUGUAGAUCAAUUUGACUGCUAUAGUCUAA